GUGAUAAUACCGGAACACGAACAAGAGAGAGGGCAUUUACAUUUUUUUAAACAAAGACCGGCGCAAGUCUUUGCACAUCAAGUAGAAAGGAUCAUUUACCGAGAAGAGGUUUUUUUAUUAUUACUUUGCUCAAGUCUGGGAAUUCUUAAAGCCGUACAGCAGUUUUUUGACGGAAAUUCUCCCGAUUAACUUACUAAGGAAUGCCAAGGGAACUAACCCAGAACAGGAUCCAAAAAAUCUGGAUUCCCUCUAAGGAUGACAAACCUUCAAUUCCCCGCAAAGCAGUUGGAAGCCCCCACCUGGCGAACCCCCCAACAGUCAUUGUGAUGGUUGGGCUUCCUGCUCGAGGAAAAACCUAUAUAUCCAGGAAACUCACACGUUACCUUAACUGGAUUGGUAUUCCCACAAAAGUCUUUAAUGUUGGCGAGUACCGACGUGAGGCAGUGAAGCAUUACAGCUCCUUUGAUUUUUUCAAAUCAGACAAUGAGGAUGCCUUCAAAAUAAGACAGCAGUGCGCUCUGGCCGCCCUGAGAGAUGUUAAGAUUUACCUUACUGAGGAGGAAGGUGAAGUGGCUGUCUUCGAUGCAACAAACACGACCAGAGACCGACGGGAUAUGAUCCUGGAUUUUGCAGCUGAAAAUGGCUUUAAGGUCUUCUUCAUCGAGUCAGUUUGUGAUGACCCAAAUGUAAUCGCCUGCAAUAUUUUGGAAGUAAAGGUGUCAUGCCCUGACUACCAAGACUGCAACAAAACCGAUGCCAUGGAGGACUUUAAGAAAAGGAUUGAGUGUUACAGAUUAAACUACCAGCCUCUUGACCAAGACCAGUAUGACAGGAAUUUGUCUUUCAUCAAAGUGAUUGACGUUGGUCGCAGGUUCCUGGUCAAUCGGAUUCAGGACCAUAUACAGAGUCGGAUUGUCUACUAUCUGAUGAACAUCCACGUGCAACCUCGUUCUAUCUAUCUGUGCCGCCAUGGCGAGAGCCAGCACAACCAACAGGGCCGUCUCGGUGGAGACUCCGGCCUGUCUACCCGUGGACGAAAGUUUGCAGGUGCUCUUUCUAAGUUUAUGGAGGAGCAGAAAUUAAAUGACCUGAAGGUUUGGACGAGCCAGCUCAGGCGCACCAUUCAGACAGCCGAGGCUCUCAAUGUGCCAUACGAGCAGUGGAAGGCUCUCAAUGAGAUCGAUGCCGGUGUGUGUGAAGAGAUGACUUACGAACAAGUGAAGGAACGGUUUCCAGAAGAGUUCGCUCUGAGGGAUCAGGACAAAUACUAUUACCGGUACCCUUCUGGAGAAUCCUAUCAGGACUUGGUUCAGCGAGUGGAACCUGUCAUCAUGGAACUGGAACGGCAAGAGAAUGUUCUCGUCAUUUGCCAUCAAGCUGUGAUGCGCUGUCUUCUCGCGUACUUCCUGGACAAAAGUGCAGAUGAGAUGCCAUACCUGAAAUGUCCACUACAUUCAAUACUGAAGCUGACCCCAGUGGCUUAUGGGUGCAAAGUUGAAUCUAUCUCUCUGGAUGUAGAAGCAGUGAACACACACAGAGAAAGGCCAGAAGAAGUGAAAAGAGGCCCGAGCACAUUGAUCAGGAGAAACAGCGUGACCCCUCUCACCAGUCCUGAGCCCAAUAAGAAGCCUCGUAUUGAAAGUCUGGAUGAAGUGUUCAGAGAGCUGUCACCUGUCCCUUUAACCCUCUGUUCGACAUCACACAACACUCUUACCCUGUCAACACAGCACUGGCUUAGUGAAGCUUGUCUAACUUGAAGAAGUUUCCCAUAGAGUGCCAUGAAACUCCUCAGCUUUGUCUGUAAAACGGUUCGGCUCUGCCGCUUGACUCAACACGGAAGCAUUUCCUGCCAAGCUGUUUCCUAUUUUCCCUCCUAGAAAGUGAGAGUCCAUCUUCAAAAACUGAACACUGAGUGAUAUCUGCUUAUUUAUCCUUCAUGAACUUGUAAUGAAUGUACGUGUACUGUGGUCUGUACUAGUAGCUUUUUUUGUGUACGAAGGGACAUCGGAGCAGGGAUUAAGCAUUCAACUUAAUAAUGUUGUCCACUGCCCCCACGUUUUGGGACACUAUUCCCUGUUUACAUAACAGGAUACCACUGGUAGAAACACUUUAUAUUAUAUAAUUUUGGUCUCGAUAUUUUUUUUUAACACUGACUCUGUAAGGAUGCCCCUGAACUUUUGAGGACGAUGCUAAAACAGACCAAAGAUCAUUUCGCAAAUACUUGCGAGCUGAUUCACGUCUUUUCUGCACUCAUUUUUAAAACCAUGCUGCAAAUAAAUAGCACAUUAAAAUUGCACAUUUAGAAAAUUUGCAUCUAUUUAUCGUAUUUGAGGGCAAUAAUGAUUCUUACUAUUUUUAAUGCUGCUGGCAGUUUUACAGCCUGUUUAAAAGUUCUCAUGUUGUUGUUGUAAUGCAUUUUGAAUUGAUUUGUGUGAUGGAUAUGGUUGUGAAGUUCGAAUGGCAAGUGUGUUAUUUGUGUAAUCUUGUGUUUUAAGACCCGAUUCAACAUACAAAGUUGUAAAAACAGGGUGUUUUGUGUAUGUUUUUAUGGGACUAAGUGAAACAGUGUUUAUAUUUGUUGGUUUUUCUGUAUGUCUUCAAUGGCGUGUCAGAUAUCACAUUUUUAUACUCUUCUGAUAAUAAUUCCCUAGAGUGCCUAGUGCUUGAGCUAUCAGGCCUAAGCUGCUUUUUUACAUUUCAAUAUGAAGAGAAGAGAAAACAUUUUGGUUUAAAAGAGGAAUUUUUAGUUCAUUUUAGUAUGAUUUCAACUAUUUUCAGUUUUUGUUAGCAUGUCUUGUUUGAGUCUUAUGAAGAGACGGAAGGAGUAUUUAAUAUUGUAAAUACAGAUGCAUUGACCUUUGUAAGCCAAAUGUUUACAGUCAGUCAGUUUGAAACUGACCGUUUUAAAUCUUAAGAGUUUUAAUGCUUAAACAAAUGACACUUUAACCCUGCAGACUAACAUACCAGCUUUAAGAACACAUCUAGAUUAUUCAAUUCAUUACAUGAGUAGGUGCAAUGUUAUAUUGGCUCAAUGUAAUUCAUUUGCUUCUGAUACUUGAACCUUAUUUUGUGAUACCUUUUUGUUGAAAUAAUAUUUAUUUAUUUGUACUAGACUGUGUUUUCCUUUGCGUGUCAAGCACUUUCUUCAUUACUGAGAUUACAUGGCAUAUCAACAAGCAUAAUGUAUUUUUCUGAAGAAGGUGAACUGUUUAUUUUGCAUAAUAUACUGGAUCAAUAAACAGCCUAAAGUAGGA